AUGGCGAAGAAACGGACAAGAGCGCGCGCUGAUGCUGCGCCCGCCAGAGCAGCCAACGAGACUUUCGACAAUUCCGAGGAUGAGUUCAUCAAGGGCCGGGACCAGAUCCUCUUCGAUGAGGGCCCGGCGGCGAAGCGACGUCGGAAGCUUGAAGAAGAAGAUGCUGAGCUACUGCCUUCCGAUGAGGAGGUCUUUAAGGACAAUCUACCAUCAGAUGAAGAGGAGGAGCAAGAUGUUGACGGGGCAUCAGAAGACGGUCGGCCCGCCGUGGCGGACGAGGACGAUGAAGAUGAACAGUACUGGGGCGAGAACCGCGCCGAUUACUACAACGCCGAUGAGUUAGAGACCGAACAAGACGCUCUGGACGAGGAGGCUGAAGCGCGGCGACUGCAGCAGAAACAGCUCCAGGAGAUGGAGGAGGCGGAUUUCGGCUUCGAUGAAUUGGCUUGGACCCAGGCGGAUGAUGAGUCACGACGGCCUACGGUCGAGAAGCUACCACCUGUGCAAAUCCCCGAGAAUGCCACCGAUGAAGAGAGGUGGACGAUACUCAAGACGAGAUACCCGGAAUUCAAGCCUCUGGCCGAAGAUCUGGUUAGCAGCUACCCGAUCUACGUGGCGCUGAAGGCAGAGGUCGAAGAAAUGAAGAAGAGCAAGUCGCGGAAACUGUCGAUCAAUGAGACCAGGCUUCGAGCCCUUGCUGCGUAUCUAGCAUCAAUCUCCAUGUACAUGGCGGUACUCAGCUCCAGCAAAGAUGGGAUUUCGUUACCGCCAUCGGAGUUGCGGGAGCAUCCAAUCAUGGCAAGCCUCCUACGGAGUCGACAGCUUUGGGAAACCACUAAGGAUCUUGAUAGUGACAUCGAGGAGGAAUUCGAUGUCGAAAACAAAGAUACCAAUGGGAAGCCCAUCCCUAACGAUUCAAGCAGCGCAAAUGAGGCCGUGAAGGUCCUUAAGAAGGCACAGCCAAGAGCUGUGAAUCCGGUCGCCAUGAUAUUUGGACAAGAUAUGGUGCCAGAGAAGAGUCUCAAGAAGUCCAAAUCGAAACCGCUAGUCGUGGACGACUCACCUACAAAAACGUCCAAGAAGAGCAAGGCCAAAGCUGAAAAGCCCAAGGGUGCUACGAUUGAAGACCUCCUAUCCCAAUCAGCUCCAGUGGACGACGAAACCUCUGAUUUCGGCGAUGAAGCACCGCUGACCGCGGAGGAAGCCGCGGAGAAGGCACUGAAAAAGAAAUCCCUCCGCUUCUACACUUCACAAAUUGCUCAGAAGGCUGGCAAGCGCGCCGCUGCGUCCCGCCAUGCCGGCGGUGACGACGACCUUCCGUAUAAGGAGCGCAUACGUGACCGACAGGAGCGCAUUCAGCGCGAAGCCGAGCAGCGCAACCAGCGCCAUCUUGCUGAGGACGAUGCCCUUAGCGACGAGUACGAUGAGAAUGACCUUGCUGCAAAGAUGAACGAUGACGCCAACGAGUACUACAACACACUCGUCGCCACCGGCCAGCAGAAGAAGGCUGAUAAGCGCCUUCGCGCUGAUGCACAUGCGACCGCUGCUGCGCAAGGCGCCCAGGUCUACGAGGAAGCAACAGUAGGUCCUGAUGGCAAGCGACGGAUUACGUAUGCGAUUGAGAAGAACAAGGGUCUGGCGCCGAAGCGGAAGAAGGAGGUGCGCAAUCCCAGAGUCAAGAAGAAGAAGAAGUUCGAGGAGAAGAAGAAGAAGCUGGCGAGCAUGCGGCCGGUGUGGAAGGGCGGAGAAGGCAAGGGUGGAUACAAGGGCGAAUUGACGGGUAUCAAGAGCAAUGUUGUCAAGAGUGUGAAGCUGUAA